GGCUACCAACUUGACUUUUUAUCGAGUGGUUCCGUAGAAAUGACCGCUACUGUACUAAUUAGUUCGUCAAAAUGAACAAAAAAAAAUGCACAACAAGACAACCAUCCUCAUUCACGCUUCCUUGGGUCAAUUAUAAAAUUAACCUCGCGCUGAGUAUCAUACUUUUGAGUGGGAGUGAAAUAAACAUAGUAAAAUUGGCUUAAAGCAAACAGAGCCAAAUAUAGCUCCAUAAUAAGCAACUGGGUCAAUGACCACGUCCUACCGAAGAUCGACGAGUUCGGAACAAAUUAAAAAAAAUUGAUUUGAAACAGUGUCACCCCGACGAAUAAAUUUCGGCGCCGCCACUGCCCAUGAAAUGUCAUCAUAUGACAUUUAAUUGUUUAUUUGUAACUCUAAACCUAACCUCACUUUUCUACUGUAUUCAAGUUUUUCCACUCAUAAAACCCGUAUAUUUUAAGUAACAAUGUUAUAAUCAAUUUAACCCCUUUAUUUUACCAAUUACCCUAACCCAAUGAAUCUCCCCGAGUCCGACAGCGAAGACGAGCUCCCCCCAGGCUGGGAGGAGCGCGUCACCGUCGACGGCAGCGUCUUCUACGCCAACCACCUCACCAAAGCCACCCAGUGGACCCACCCCCGCACGGGUAAAAAAAAGCGCGUCUCGGGGGACCUCCCCUUCGGCUGGGAGCGCUGCAUCGACAAGAACACCGGCAAAGUCAUCUACGUGGACCACGAAAACCGGCGCACCACCUACACCGACCCCCGACUGGCCUUCGCCGUGGAAGAGAAGGAGCACCCCAAUGACUACAGGCAGAGAUUCGACGCUUCGAGCACGGCCCUCCAGGUUUUACACGGCAGAGACCUGAACGGAAAGGUGGCCUUGAUUACGGGGGCCAACUCGGGGAUCGGGUUCGAGACCGCUCGCUCUCUGGCCAAGCACGGCUGCAGCAUUAUUUUCGGGUGCAGGAACCUGAUUGCUGCGUCAGAGGCGAUCAGUCGAAUAAGGGAAGAAAAGCAGGUGGCUGGGGAUAAUUGUGCUGCUGUUUAUUUGGAUCUGGCGUGCUUGGAGAGUGUGGGGAUGUUCGCGAGUCAGGUCAAAGCGAUGUAUAAGCAGAUCGAUAUCUUGAUUUUGAACGGGGGGGUGUUCGGGCUUCCGUACAGUAAGACAGUGGAUGGGUUCGAGACCACGUUUCAAGUCAAUCAUUUGGGGCACUUUUAUUUGACGUUGUUGCUUAAGCCGAUGCUGGCGAUGGGGGCCCGAGUGGUUGUGGUGUCGUCGGAGUCGCACAGGUAUGCCAACAUAAACCUUGACAAUAUCUCCAUACAAACUCUCUCCCCUGAAUCUCAAUCCAAGUACUGGGACAUGAUGGCCUACAACAACUCGAAAUUGUGUAAUAAUCUCUUUGCAAGACAUCUGGCGAAAAAAUUGCAACCUCUAGGGAUUUCUGUGUUCAGUCUUCACCCAGGAAACAUGGUGUCGUCGAAUCUGGCCAGGAACUGGUGGAUAUACAGGGUGUUCUUUUUUAUCGUGCGACCAUUCACUAAGUCGCUGCAACAAGCCGCCAGUACUACGAUUUUUUGUGCCACCGCUCUUGAACUGACCGGGGUCACGGGGGUCUAUUUUAAUAACUGUUUUCGAUGUGAGGAAAGUGAAGCUGCUAAAAACAACAAGUUAGCGGACGUGUUGUGGAAGCUGAGUUUGGAGAUGGUUAGUAGCGCCGUCGGGAAUAACGUCGCACAUUUGAGUGGUUGGGAUGAGGAUUAGGGAUGUUUUUGUGCUAUUGUAAUAAUAAAAAGUUGAUCUAUUUCAAAAAA